UUUAAUAGUUUAUCCUGGAUAGUCUUUCUCACUUUCUUGGCCGUUGAUAUACAUGAACUUCUACAGUUAGACCUUUAAAUUAAUUUUCAGUUGUUUUGAUGUACUUGUGUAUAUUUAGAAACUGUAUGCAAGAAAACAAGGUCUUUUUCCUUUUAGUUCUUUUAUUUUUUUAAUAUUUUUAAACUUUGAAUAAUUAGUUAAUCAUUAUAAGAAACGAGAGAGAUUUCAUUCAGAAAUAGAAUUGGAGAUUUACAUGAAGAUUCGAAUUCAUCCAACAUCUUCGCAAGCUUCUUCAUGUCAAAUUGAAUUCAUCCAAUUGCAUGGGUGGGGCUCCAGAAGGUAUUCUCUUAAUGUGGGAUGUGAAGCUUUUUAAAGCGAUGGAGGUGUUGAAGGGGGUCUUUUCGAUUUCAGUGGUAGUAGAGUUCCAAGACCUGAAAGGUGAGGUGGGUCUCAAGGUGUGUUUGGGCCUCCUGCCCCUGAAGGGAGGAAGGCGUCUUGGGAGGAGAUUGGUAAUCUCUGGGUCUUUGUGGAGAAAGUUGCUGUUUAGCGGGAGACUUGAUUUAACCAGAUUCUCGUUUGAAAAGUUUGGUGGAAGAAGGAUUGCCAAGUCGAUGAAGUGUUUUAAUAGACUCAUAGAAAAGUGUGACCUUGUAGUCCCCCUUGGUGAACAACCGGUUUACUUGGUCUACGGAAGAGAGAGUGAGCUUACAGAUUUACUUGGUCUAAUAGAAGAAAAAGAGUGGUGCACAGCAGGUUAGACAAAAUCCUUUUGACUAAGCGUUGGCUUGAAAGAUUCCCCAUGGAGAGAUUAGCCCAAGGCGAAGAGAUGCUCGUUUUUGGAGUCCUAACCCUACUGGGGGCUUUUCUUGUACCUCAUUCGUUUGUUGCUUGUUGGACCCUGCUCCCUCUAGCGAGUUCGUCUUUUCUACUCUAUGGAGGGGAAGUUCCAAUUAAGGACCUCCUGAAUUCAAAGUCAGCAUUCGAGAAAAGCCGCUUCAAUCUAGUGAAUGCUCUCAUGAACGUUGAAGCAAAGAAGAAGUAUGAGUUCUUAGAAUCUAUAAGUGCACUGAUGGAUGCUCAUUUGAGAUAUUUUAAGCUAGGCCAUGACUUAUUGGGCCAGAUGGAACCUUUCAUUCAUCAGGUUCUAACAUAUACACAACAAUCUAAAGAACUGGCCAACAAUGAACAAGAUAAACUUGCAAAAAGAAUUCAGGAAUUCAGGUCACAAGCACAGCUGGACAAUUUGCAAGAUUCCAAUAGCCUAGAUCUUUCCGUGAUUUCUGAUAGCAUUCUUGGUAGUGGUACUAGUUCCUACAGAAAUGUUGAAACAGCUUCCAUGUUCAUUGUCAAUGGGCAGGUUGAAACCAUAAAACAAGGAUAUCUCUUGAAACGAUCUUCAGGUUCGAGGGGAGAAUGGAAAAGGAUGUUUUUCGUACUUGAUAGUCAAGGUGCUCUCUAUUAUUAUAAGAACAAGGGAAACAAAUACAUGGGCCAUCAAUCUCUUAGUUUCAAUCGUUCAAAUGAACACCACAAAAGUGUUUUUGAUAGAUUCCGUUCAAGGCACAAGAGGGCAUCAUCAUUCAAUGAAGAAAUUUUGCGUUGCUCUACAGUUAAUCUGCAUACGUCUACAAUAAAGAAGGAUGCAGAGGAUACAGACCUACGACUUUGCUUCAGAAUAAUUUCUCCCUCUAAGACCUACACUUUGCAGGCCGAAAACGAGGCAGAUAGGAUGGACUGGAUCAAUAAAAUCACGGGGGCUAUUGCAUCUCUUUUCAAUUCUUACUUUCUUCAACAGCCAUUUCUGGAAGCAAAACAUGAUGAAAGUUAUAACAACAAUUUCGACGAUUAUAACGUACAGACUCUACAUCAAAACAGACUAGAAGAUGGCAGUCAAGUAGGUUCUGUUUCUAAGAUAUUAAGAGAAAUUCCUGGAAAUGAUCUAUGUGCAGAAUGCGGCACUCCAGAGCCUAAGUGGGCCUCUCUAAACCUUGGCAUUUUGUUGUGCAUAGAAUGCUCUGGUGUUCAUCGUAAUCUUGGUGUCCAUAUUUCGAAGGUAAGAUCGAUAGUAUUAGAUGUCAAAGUCUGGGAUCCUAUAAUACUGGACUUGUUUAGGCACUUGGGCAAUGCUUAUUGUAACUCUAUUUGGGAAGGAUUGUUUCUUGCAGAUACGGGAAGCGAUAAUAUACAACACGACGUAGCCACGCCAAUUCCAAAACCAAGUCUCAAGGAUCCCAUACAGCAUCGGGAGAAAUAUGUUCAUGCUAAGUAUGUAGAGAAACUGUUUGUGGUCAAGGAUAGUGAAGCACCCGGCAACAAUUCUUAUGCAAAAAGUAUCUGGGAAGCUGUCAAAACAAAUGACUUGCGAGAAGCUUAUCGCCUCAUAGCAGUUUCAGCAGUAUCGAUUGUCAACUCAACUUUUGAUGAUGUGGUCAGUGUCAGUUCGAGCCCGAAUUUGGGUGAGGAGCCCUCGGGAAGUAAUCAAGAAUCUCAUAAUCCAUCGUUGUGUGGAAGAGAUUGGGAUUCUAGAGAGUCAAAGAACAGUCUUCAAGGUUGCUCACUAUUGCAUCUCGCUUGUCAAAAUGACAAUCAAGUGAUGCUUGAACUGUUAUUGCAAUUCGGUGCCAAUAUAAAUGUAUGCGACUCUAAUGGAAGUACGCCUUUGCACCAAUGCAUCUCCCAGAAAAACAAUACCUUGGCUAAGUUUCUACUUAGAAGAGGUGCACGACCAUCCAUCAAAGACGGUGGAGGAUUAAGUGCGUUAGAGAGAGCAAUGGAAAUGGGAGCAAUAGCCGAUGAGGAGCUAUUUCUUUUGCUUACAAGAUCUGAAUAAAGAAUACGAUGGAACACUUAUGAUUUAUAUUUUUUUGUCAGUCGAAUCUUGAAUUUUGUAAUUAUUGGUGGUGUUUUUAUCUACCAUAACGUCUGUAUCUCUUCAUUAUUGACCAUCAUAACAUUAACUUAUUGAUUUGCUGUGGCAUGCAGUCACCAUGGCUCUUGCCCACUCGCAUAAAUGACAUGCUCUUUGAUUGAUUGAUU